AUGAUGUUUAACACCAAGAAGUGGAUUAAGGACCCUUUUGUCAAAAGCCAUGAAGCUAUACAAGUUCGUGCAAUUGUUCUUUUUCAGAGGAAUUUUUGGAGUGAUGUUGCAUUUUGUGACAAGGGUAUGUUGCCAUUAGUGUGUGUAUUGAGGGAGCAGGUUGAUUCUGAGGUAAGACCUGCUAUGGGCUACAUAUAUGAAUUGAUGGAUGCUGCCAAAGAGAAAAUUGUAUUUAGUUUGAGGAGGAACCCAAGACAUUAUCAGCCAAUUUGGAAUAAAAUUGAUGCAAGGUGGACUCUCCAACUCCAUCAACCUUUACAUGUUGCUAGAUACUAUCUAAACCCUCAGUUUCAUUAUGAAGAGAACUUCUCAAAUGUCUUGGAAGUGAAGAAGGAAUUGCAUGAAUGCAUGGAUCGGAUGAUGCUGUUUGAUGAGCGCUUAAAAGCUCAUAUCCAAUUAGAGAUGUUUGACAAAUGCAUGGGAGAGUUUGGAAUUAGGCUUGCAAUACAUUCUAGAAAGAUAAGGAGUCCAGCAAGUUGGUGGGAGCGUUUUGGAGAGGAAACGCCUGAAUUGACGAAGUUUGCUAUUCGUGUCCUUAGCCUGACAUGUAGUGCAUCAACAUGUGAGAGGAAUUAG